AUGGCCGCUAAAAUUUUCGUCUUCGGUAGCAUCAACGGUCAGCUCCAGUCUGCGUUCAGCAAACUGUCGACUAUACACGCCAAGAAUGUUUUCAGCUUCGCCAUUGUCACUGGUAAUUUGUUUGGUGAAGGCCAAGAUGAUGAACAGCUCACUGCCCUUCUAGCCGGCGAAAUCCAGAUCCCAUGCCCGACUUACUUCACUGUAGGAACAGUCCCAUUACCCGCACAAGUCGUCGAGCGAAUCGAGAAGGAUGAGGAAAUUGCCCCGAACCUCCAUUACCUUGGCAAGCGGAGCGUCACCAAGACCUCAGAAGGCGUCCGGAUCGUUACUCUGGGUGGAAUGCUCGAUCCUGCCGUUGUCGCGGGCCAAUCCCAGGAGCAGCAUUUGCCCUUUCACACCGAAGGCGACAUCAAGUCUUUGCGCGGCGCCAACAACGCCGACAUCCUUCUGACUACGGUAUGGCCGUCCGAUGUGUGGAAGAACAGCGCGAAAGCGCGGGAGCAAAACCUCCCCGCCGAUGCCAUCCCUACCAGCCAAGCAAUUGCGGACCUUUGCGCCCAUCUGAAGCCUCGCUACCAUUUCACUAUGUCUCCGGACACCUUCGCCUUUGAGAGAGAGCCAUUCUUUCCCGAGUCCAAAGGUGACGACGAUAAGGACAAGGGAAUUGAACUAACACGGUUCAUCUCACUGGCGCCCUGGGCCAAUGCGGCCAAGGCUAAGUCGAUGUACGCUUUCACUCUCAACCGGGAAACCAUUUUUUUGCCUCCCACUGGAAGCACCCUCACGCCCUUCUACAAGCCUGUUGCUGCUCAAAAACGCACAGCCGACGACGCCGGCUUCUCGCGCUUCGCAAACGGAAAUAACGAGAACGACCGCAGGCGUCGCAAGCACCAGCGACGCGAACGCUCUCCCCCACCCGGACCGGAACGGUGUUUCUUCUGUCUGUCGAACCCCAACCUGCCCACGCACAUGAUCUGCAGCAUCGGCGAGGAAGCCUAUCUUGCUACUGCCAAGGGGCCCCUACCGUCUGCUGAGACAUUCAAGUCCCAAGGCUUGGACUUCCCAGGUCAUCUCAUCAUCACGCCCACGCCACACAUCCCUUCUCUGAACGUCCCGGCCCUCGCCGAGACCGGUGAAGAUGUCAAGAAGACCUUUAAGGAGAUGACGCGUUUCCGCGAGUCGCUGCAGGGUAUGGUGUCGAAGCAGUCCAAGGGAAAGCUCGGUGCCGUCACCUGGGAGAUCAACCGUGCGAGGAACAUUCACGUCCAUUGGCAGUUUAUGCCGAUGCCCGCGGAGAUGGUGCGUAAGGGACUUGUGGAGGCCGGAUUUCAGGUCUUGGCGAAGGAUACGAACAUAGGAAAGUUUGUGACGAAAGAGUUUGAAACGGCUGAUGAGGUUCCGGGUGAUUAUCUUCGGGUUUGGAUCUGGGCGGAGGAGGAGGGCGAUGCAAAAAAGGGCGACGCGGAGGGUGGUCAGGUCAUUUCGAAGAGUCUGCUGUUGCAGAUUGAUGAGAAUGUUCGUUUUGAUCUCCAGUUUCCUCGCAAGGUUAUGGCGAAGCUGCUUGGCGAGGAAGCCCGGACUAUUUGGCAAGAUGUUGGCCAGUCGGUGGAGGAGGAGUCGAAGGAUGUUGCGGCGUUUAGAGAGGCUUUCAAGGAGUGGGACUUUACGCUCUAA